AUGGUGGCCCCCUCGGCCUGCUCCCGCAGUGGUGCAGCUCCGCCGCCCUCCUCCGGGGUGCGGGGCAGCAGAGCCCACACGCGCAGCUCCGGUCGCGGCUCCACCGUGACCUUCCGCCGGAUCUUGUACAGCGCCAGGGGCGUGUUCGGCUUCGUGAAGAGGGUGCAGCACAAGGGAAACCAGAUGUCCUGCGCAGCCAAGUUCAUCCCCCUGCGGAUUAGGACACGCACCCAGGCGUACCGCGAGCGUGACAUCCUGGCCACGCUGAGCCACCCGCUGGUCACUGGGCUGCUGGACCAGUUUGAGACCCGGAAGACCCUGAUCCUUGUCCUGGAACUGUGCUCGUCAGAGGAGCUGCUGGACCGCCUGUUCAAGAAGAGUGUGGUGACAGAGGCCGAGAUCAAGGUCUACGUCCAGCAGCUGGUGGAGGGGCUCCACUACCUGCACAACCACAGCAUUCUCCACCUGGACAUAAAGCCCCCCAAUAUCCUGAUGGUGCAUCCUGCUCGGGAAGACAUUAAAAUCUGCGACUUUGGCUUUGCCCAAAAAAUCACCCCAGGAGAGCCACAGUACAGCAAGUAUGGCUCCCCGGAGUUUGUGUCCCCGGAGAUCAUCGAGCAGACCCCUGUGAGCGAGGCCUCUGACAUCUGGGCCAUGGGGGUCGUCUCCUACCUCAGCCUGACCUGCUCAUCACCAUUCGCUGGUGAGAGUGACCGAGCCACCCUCCUGAACGUACUGGAAGGGCGUGUGUCCUGGAGCAGCCCUGUGGCUGCCCACCUCAGCGAGGAUGCCCAGGACUUCAUCAAGGCUACCCUGCAGAGGGCCCCAGAGACCCGGCCCAGUGCAGCCAAGUGCCUCGCCCACCCCUGGUUCCAGAAGUCAGUGCCCGCGGAGGAGGCCCACUUCAUCAACACCAAGCAACUCAAGUUCCUGCUGGCCCGCAGCCGCUGGCAGCGCGCCCUGAUGAGCUACAAGUCCAUCCUGGUGAUGCGCUCCAUCCCCGAGCUGCUCCAGGGCCCGCCCGACAGCCCAUCUCUCGGGGUGGCCCGGCACCUGCGGGGCGACGCCAGCGCAUCCUCCAGCAGCUCGUCCUCUUCCUCCGACAACGAGCUGGCACCUUUCGCCCGGGCCAAAUCGCUGCCGCCCUCUCCGGUGACCCACUCCCCGCUGCUGCACCCUAGGGGCUUCCUGCGGCCGUCGGCCAGCCUGCCGGAGGAGGCAGAGGCUUGCGCGCCCGCGGCCGCCGCGCCUCCUCCCACGCCGCCCCCUGGAGCAGAGGCGCCUGCGGCCGUGGGCUGCGUUCCCCGGCAGAGCGUCAUCCGCAGUCUCUUCUACCAGCAGGCGGGCGAGGGCCCCGAGCGCGGAGGCCCCGCGGCGCGCAGCGGGCGGCACCCGGCCCGGCGGCGGCACCUGCUGAAGGGCGGCUACUUCGCCAGCGCGCUGCCCGGCCUGCGAGAGCCCCUGCUGGAGCACCGCGCGCUGGAGGAGGAGGCCGCCCGGGAAGAGCAGACCGCCCUGAUGGCCAAAGCGCCCUCCUUCGAGACUGCCCUGCGGCUGCCGGGCUCCAGCGCCCGUGGGGCCCCUGGCCGUAGCCACUCCCUGGAGCUCGACCAGCCACACAGCACCAGCUCCUCGACCGAGGCCUGUGGCAGAGGGCAGUGCCCUGCCCCGACCCUCAUGGGCCUCCAGGCAGACUCAGGGGAGAGCUGGCCAGGAGGGGUGACGCGCGCCAGGGAGAUGGAGCAUCGGGAGGGAUCUCAGCAGGGGCCAAGACUAUUUCAAUCCAUCAGUGGAGACCUGGGGUCCACUCAGCAAGAGGGGUCAUCUCAGGACAGCUGUGGGGGGCAGCCCACCCCUUCCCUUCAUCCCCAGUGGAGUCCUUCUCCCCUGGAAGGCUGUGGCACCCCUAAAGCUGUUACACCACAGCCUUCUGGCUCUUUCCCUUCAAAGCAGUGCACGGGGUCCCUUUUGCCACCCAUGAGCUCCGUCCUCUCCGGGGAGCCAAAGGCCCCCCUGUCCCCAGCCCAAGAAAGCCCCCAGCCAGGCUCUGAGAAGGAACCAAAGGACACCCCUCUUCCUGGGAGGCCGAGUCCCCCUAGCUCCCCAGCGCUGGCCACCCCAGUGGGCACAGAGCCUGGCCCCUCCCAGGAUGUGGAGGGCCUGCCCGUGGAGCUGGAGGACGCAUCCGAGUCUGAGCCCAGACCACCGCGGCCUCAGGAGCAGGCAACCACACGGAAGUUCUCCCUGGGGGCACGCCAUGGGGGCUACGCUGGAGUGGCAGGCUAUGGCACCUUUGCUUUUGGUGGGGACGCAGGGGGCAUGCUGGGGCAGGGUCCCCUGUGGGCCAGGAUGGCCUGGGCUGCCUCUCAGUCCUCUGAGGAACAUGACGAUGCUGGGGCCCAGAGCCCGGCCCCCCAGGCCAGUGCAGCACCCCUUCCUGAGGGCAGCAGUGCACCCCCAAGAGCCUCCCCAGAGCUGAUCUCAUGGGAGGACUUUGGUGGGGGCUCCCAGGUGUCCCUGGUGCAGAUCCGAGACCUGUCUGGGGACUCAGAAGCAGCUGACACUGUGUCCCUGGACAUCUCAGAGGUGGAGCCUGCCUACCUCAACCUGUCUGACCUAUAUGACAUCAAGUACCUCCCUUUCGAGUUCAUGAUCUUCAGGAAGGUCCCCAAGCCUGUGGAACCAGAGCCACCGCCGUCCUCUGAGUCUGAGGCCGGGGAGGAGCUGGCUGAGUUCCCGGAGGCCAGGUGGCCCUGGCCGGGCGCACUGGGCCCGCCAGCCAGCUUGCAGAUCACAGAGGAGCCAGAGGACAUGGAGACUCUGCUCAGGGAGGCCACUGGCAGCAGGAAGCGCAAGUGGUCGCCCCCCUCUGGAGGCCUCUUCCACUUCCCAGGGAGGCACGCGCUCCUGGAGGAGCCCAAGGAGCUGGGACUACGCAGGAGGGUGAAGGCCUCCGUGGCCCACAUCUCUCGCCUCCUGAAGGGCAAGCCUGAAGGUUUGGAGAAAGAGAGCCCCCCCAGGAAGAAGGCAGGCCUGGCUUCCUUCCGGUUGGGCCUGAAGAGCAGGGACCGAGCGCCAUCGUUUCUAAGGGAGCUCUCAGAUGAAACAGUGGUCCUGGGCCAGUCCGUGACUCUUGCCUGCCAGGUGUCAGCCCAGCCAGCUGCACAGGCCACCUGGACCAAAGAUGGGGUUCCCCUGGAGAGCACCAGCCGUCUCCUCAUCUCCUCCACGCUCAAGAACUUCCAGCUCCUGACCAUCCUGGUGGUGACUGCUGAGGACCUGGGGGUGUACACGUGCCGCGUGAGCAAUGCACUGGGCACAGUGGCCAGCACAGCUGUCCUCCGGAAGGCAGAAUGCCCCUCCUCCUCUCCACGCCCGGACAUCGGGGAGGUGUAUGCUGAUGGGGUGCUGCUGGUCUGGAAGCCCGUGGAGUCCUAUGGCCCUGUGACGUACAUCGUGCAGUGUAGCCUGGAAGGUGGCAGCUGGAGCACGCUGGCUUCCGACGUAUUUGACUGCUGCUACCUCACCAGCAAGCUUUCCAGGGGCGGUGUGUACACUUUCCGGACAGCCUGCGUCAGCAAGGCGGGCAUGGGUCCCUACAGCAGCCCCUCAGAGGAGGUCCUCCUGGGAGGGCCCAGCCACCUGGCCUCCGAGGAAGAGAGCCGUGCCCUGCGCCCAGCCCAGCCCCUCCCCAGCACGCAGACCUUCGCCUUCCAGACACAGAUUCGAAGGGGCCGCUUCAGCGUGGUGCGGCAGUGCCGGGAGAAGGCCAGUGGACGCGUGCUGGCGGCCAAGAUCGUUCCCUACCGCCCUGAGGACAGGACUGCUGUGCUGCGCGAAUACGAAGCCCUCAAGAGCCUGCGCCACCCGCACCUGGCCCAGCUACAGGCCGCCUACCUCAGCCCCCGGCACCUGGUCCUCAUCUUGGAGCUUUGCUCGGGACCCGAGCUGCUCCCCUGCCUGGCGGAGAGGGCCUCCUACUCGGAAUCCGAGGUGAAGGACUACCUGUGGCAGAUGUUGAGCGCCGCCCAGUACCUGCACGCCCAGAGCAUUCUGCAUCUGGACCUCAGGUCCGAGAACAUGAUCGUCACCGAGUACAACUUACUCAAGGUCGUCGACCUGGGCAAUGCCCAAAGCCUCGCGCAGGAGAGGGUCCUGCCCUCCGAGAGGUUCAAGGAUUAUGUGGAGACCAUGGCUCCCGAGCUCCUGGAAGGCCAGGGUGCCGUCCCACAGACCGACAUCUGGGCCAUAGGCGUUACAGCCUUCAUCAUGCUGAGCGCGGAGUACCCCGUGAGCAGUGAAGGGACACGCGACCUGCAGAAAAGCCUGCGCAAGGGGCUGGUCCGUCUGAGUCGAUGCUAUGCGGGGCUGUCCGGAGGAGCCGUGGCUUUUUUGCGGAGCACUUUGUGCGCUCACCCGUGGGGCCGGCCAUGCGCGUCCAGCUGCUUGCAGUGCCCGUGGCUAACGGAGGAAGGCCCUGCUGGCUCCCAGCCCACGGUCGUGACCUUCCCCACAGUGCGACUGCGCGCCUUCGUGCGCGAACGAGAGAAGAGGCGGGCGCUUCUGUACAAGAAGCACAACUUGGCCCAGGUGCGCUGAGCACUUGGCCUCGCAGAGAGGACGUGUGUGUGUGGGGGGGGGGUGUCGCCCUGCUGGGCUCACCCCCUAGUCUGUCCUCUAGGACUUCUGUCUAUGCACAGACAUGCCAAUAAAAAAGCAGG